AUGACGCGCCGCGACGCGCGAUCGCGCGCGCCCGUCCUCGGCGUCGUCCUCGUCGUCGUCCUCGCCCGCGUCGUCGACGCGUCGACGCGCGACGGGGCGACGCGAGGGCGAUUCGGCGUGGGAAAAUCAUCGCCAUCAUCAUCGACGUGGCGCGACGCCGCGCACGCGAUCGCGCGCGCGUGCGCGAACGCGCGAGCGAGAGAGACGUGCGCGAGCGAUGCUCUGGUGGCGUCGGUGACGUCGGCGUCGAGAGACGCGGGGGCGGCGACGUGCGCGGCGAGAGAGCUCGCGCGCGGCGGCGGCGAGACGCCGGACGACGGAGGCGACAUGUCUGGUGGUGGGAAAACGCUCGUGACGUGUGAAAACGUCGGACGAACGAUCGGAAGGGUGGUGCGAGGGAGUGGGGGGGUAAACCCGCUGGCGUGCGGGGAGGCGGGGGACGUCGCGUGCGACGGGAGCUGCGCGCGCGGAUACUUCGCCGAGCACUUCGCGCGGGCGAAGACGGAGACGACGUCGGGGUCCGUGGGCGUGGGGCUGAGGGAGGCGUGUGAUGGGGCGAAUUUCGGAUCGGACGCGAUGUACGCGUCGUGCGCGAGAGGGGUGGGAUGGGCGGUGACGUUUAGGUUGGAGGCGAAUGAGACGCGCGGCGCGUGGGACGCGUGCGGCGACGCGCGAGACGUCUCGGGCGUUCGUUCGUGUCGAUUCGGCGUCGUCGAGGCGUACGUCGAGAAAAUGUUAGGUAAUGAAUCGUCGGUGACGAUCGGAGAGGGGUGCGAGAGCGAAAAUUUGCUCGGGAUGGGAACGGGAUCGAACGAGGCGGCGCGGGCGAGAGACGCGUGCGCUCGCGCGCUCGGCGCCGCGCUCGCCGUGAGGCACGAGUACGACGGUUCGAGGAGUCGGGAGGAGUGCGAUUUGAUUUCAAACGUUCGAAUCAAGCGCGCGUGCGCGUCGGCGGUGGACGAAGAGCUCGCGAGAAGAGAGAUUGACGACAACGCGACGGUGCCGUUUUGCGAACGCGCGCUCAAGACGCCCGUGGGAGAAGACGUCCCGUCGGAUGGCUCGUCCACGCCCGCACCUCCGCCGAGCGAACCGGUGGAUCAAGACGAAGUGGAACAUCGCAAGGAGGCGCUGCGUCGCCACGGCACUUCGGUCGGCGGCGCGCUGUGGUGGGCGUGCUUCUCUCUUCUUUCAGGUUUGGUGUGCGUCGUCACGGCGUACGUGUGGUGGCGAGACGGCGCAUUCGGACCACGUCACGCGGUCGAGUACGCCCGCGUCGGCACUCGCGAUUCUCCGAGAGCGUCCACGGAGCUCGGGGCGCUGUAG